AUGACCGCCACUCUUCUUUCUUUAAAAAAAAAAGGAAGAAAUAUUUCCCCUUUGUGUUCAAACCUGCUAAUUUGUCAAAUGACAGACAUAUCUUUACGUUCCUCAAGUCGACCGAGCCCAGCAGCUGACGGGACCCAGCAUCAGCAGCAGCAUUUGUUCAAACAGUCCUUUUCAGGGCUAACUUCUGAAAGUCAUUUGAUCACCACUCUUCGAGGCUCCACUCACUUCACUCUCUGCUACUGGAGACACCAGCUCACUUCUGCAGCUACCAGCCCACUCUUGCAGCUUCCAGUAGUCUCCAGCUCACUCCAGCAGCUUCCAGCUCACUCCUGCACUACCAGCUCACUCCUGCAGCUACCAGCAGACUCCAGCUCACUCCAGCAGCUUCCAGCUCGCUUCUGCAGCUACCAGCAGACUCCAGCUCACUCCAGCAGCUUCCAGCUCGCUUCUGCAGCUACCAGCAGACUCCAGCUCACUCCAACAGUUUCCAGCUCACUCCUGCAGCUCCUCCCAGUUUCCAGCACACUCCUGCAGCUUCCAGCAAUCUCCGGCACACUCCUGCAGCGCUUCACUGACGUCCAGCGACCAGUUCCAACCUCCGGAUACCGUUCACGAACAAACGACCUUUGUCGCCUUACCUCCCACUGUUCGCAAAUAAAGACUAUUUGCCCAUAG